CACCUCAGCAAAGUCACGUGACCUACACAGACGGUGAGAUUUCCCGCCAGCUAUUGUAUAGGAUGAUUGAAAAUUCAUAGCUUUUAUACUAUUCAUCGAAUAUAGCGAUAUUGAGUAGUGAAAUAAUUCACUCACACUUGUGAAAAUGCCAGCCGCAAGAGGAAGAAAAGGGAAAGAGGCUGCUGCGGCCAAGAAAGCUAGGGAGCAAGAAGAAGCUUUGCUUGAUACUUCUUCAGAACAUUUAGAGCCAGCAUCUGAGGGAUUUAUGCCUGAAGCAGAAUCAGAUACAGAAUUUGAAGAGCCUAAAGCUAAAGGCAAGAAGGGUGGUAAAAAAGAUGGUUCUAAAAGAAUGAAGAAAGAUAUGACAAAGAAGAAGGUUGUUGAAGAAGAAUUUGAGGGAGAUGGUAGUUUAUUUGACAUUGUAAGAUUAGGAAGAGCAUCAUUACAGGCUGUUGUUGAUGACUGGAUUGAAACAUAUAAAGCUAACAGAGAUACAGCCCUUUUAGAGCUUAUCCAAUUCUUUAUACAAUGUUCAGGAUGCAAGGGAAAGAUUACUCCUUAUAUGUACACAAACAUGGAACAUGCUGAAAUAAUCAGAAAGAUGACUGAAGAGUUUGAUGAGGAAAGUGGUGAUUAUCCCUUUAUUAGUAGUGGCCCACAGUGGAAGAAAUUCAAGACCAACUUCUGUGAAUUUGUUCAAGUGUUAGUCAGACAGUGUCAAUAUAGUAUUAUCUAUGAUCAGUAUAUGAUGGAUAAUAUUAUAUCACUUUUAACUGGUCUUACUGAUUCACAAGUACGAGCCUUUAGACAUACCAGUACUAUGGCAGCUAUGAAAUUGAUGACAGCCUUGGUAGAUGUAGCUCUGAACCUGAGUAUUAAUUUAGAUAACACCCAAAGACAAUAUGAAUCAGAGAGAGCUAAACAACAAAACAAGAGAGCUAGUGAAAGAUUAGAAUUACUGAUGACAAAAAGACAAGAGUUAGAAGAAAAUCAAGCUGAAAUUAGAAACAUGUUGACCUACAUAUUCAAGGGUGUAUUUGUACAUAGAUACAGGGAUACACAGCCAGAAAUAAGAAAAAUAUGUAUGGGUGAAAUUGGUGUGUGGAUGAAAAAAUAUCCUAAUAUGUUUUUAGAUGACAGUUAUCUAAAAUAUGUUGGAUGGACCAUGUAUGAUAAAGGAGGUGAUGUUAGAUUAUGUUGUUUAAAGACCCUGUCUCCUCUAUACUAUUCAAAUGAUCUCUCUCCUAAAUUAGAACUCUUUACAAACAGAUUCAAGGAUAGAAUUGUAGAAAUGACAUUAGAUAAAGAAUAUGAAGUAGCUGUGGCUGCUGUUAAACUGGCAUGUAGUAUUCUGAAGUUUAGUGAUAAUGUACUGGCAGAUAAAGAUUGUGAAAAUGUUUAUGAGUUGGUUUAUUCUUCACAUCGUCAAGUAGCUCAAGCUGCUGGAGACUUCCUCAACACUAAAUUAUUCAGUCGAGAUGAAGAAGAAAACAGACAUCUAAAAUCUCUGAAAGGAAAGAAACUUAGUCCAAACACACCUCUUAUUAGAGAUUUAGUUCAGUUCUUUAUUGAGAGCGAGUUACAUGAACAUGGUGCAUAUUUAGUGGAUAGUUUAUGGGAGAUUAAUGAAAUGAUGAAAGAUUGGGAAUGUAUGACAGAUUUAUUACUAGAAGAUCCUAGUAAAGGAGAAGAACCAUUAGAUGAUAGACAGGAGACUAGUCUUAUAGAGAUAAUGGUAUGUUGUGUUAAACAGGCUGCUACUGGGGAAUCACCUGUUGGUAGAGGACCUGCUAAUAAAAGGUUAACGGCUAAAGAACAAAAACAGGUUUCUGAAGACAAAACCAAACUUACUGAACAUUUUAUUGUUACUUUACCACAGUUACUGCUAAAGUAUUUAAUGGAUGCUGAGAAGGUAGCUAACUUACUUCAGAUACCUCAAUACUUUGAGUUAGAAAUCUACACAUCAAGCAGACAAGAGAAGCAUUUAGAUUCGUUACUGAGAUAUUUACAUGAGAUUGUAGAAAAACACACAGAUACUGAAGUGCUUGAAGCAGCUACCAAAUGUUUUGAAGCUUUAUGUAAUGAAGAAUAUGCUAUAGCUGGUAAAUGUGACGUAGCUAGAAAAACUCUAAUAGAUAGUCUUGUUGUUAAAUAUAGAGAUUCAAUGCAAGAUUUCUUCACAGAGGGUGAUGAACCUGAUGAUGAUGAAGCCUUUGCUUUGUUAGCAAGUUUAAAAAGAAUUCACACUUUUUAUUGCUGUCAUGAUUUAGGUAACUGGGAUUUAUGGGAAGAUUUAUUUCAUGUUAUACGAUGUGCUAAUGAAAACUCAGCCAUACCAGAAGAGAUCAUAACCAAAGCAGUAUCAGCUUGUUCAAUGGCUCUGUUAUGGUAUCUACAAAAGAUUGAUGAAAAAAAUCCAGAUAAGGAUCGAUUAAGAUAUAUCAAGAAGAGAUUAAAUAAUUUAAUGAGACAUUGUAAUAAUCUACUCUUACAUCAAUUAGAUAAGGUUGUAGAAGAGGCUUACAUAACUAUUUGUGACUUGCUGGUCGUAUUUAGUCGUAAUUUAGCUGAAUUUCAUCCUGAUAUGAAACAGUUGGUGUUUGAACCAGAUAAGAAUCUACAGAAUGAACUCAGUAAUUUUUUAUCCGAAAAAGUUUUUGUUGAAGAUGAUGAUGAAGAUGUAGAUGAAAAUGUAAAGAUUGAAGAAUUACAUAAAAGAAGAAAUUUCUUGGCUUGUUUCUGUAAACUGGUUGUUUAUAAUAUUAUUAGUAUACGUACUGGUGCCAAUAUGUUUAAACAUUAUAUGAAGUUUUAUAACGAUUAUGGAGAUAUAAUAAAAGCUACAUUGAGUAAAUCAAGAGAAAUCAACAAAGUGCUAACAGCUAAAACAUUGGCUUUAAGUUUAACACAGCUAUAUAAAGAAUUACAGAAUGAACAAGGAACCAUUGAACGAUCAUCGGAUGUCUUCCAAUCCAUCAAGGAAUUAUCUAGAAGAUUUGCUCUGUCAUUUGGUCUUGAUCAAGUAAAGAACAGAGAAGCUGUAGCUGCUAUGCAUAAAGAAGGUAUUGUAUUCAGUCUCCAACCUGCUGAUGGUGAUCCUGAAGGUCAUGUACCUCCUAAUUUACCGUUCUUAGAAGUGUUGUGUGAAUUUACCAAUAAACUAAUGAAACAAGACAAGAAAGUUGUGCUAGGUUAUUUAGACAACCAUAUACCAGGUGGUUUUGCUGCAGCACGUGGUGAUGAAUGGCAGCCAUAUUUUACAUAUAGAAAUAGUUUAACACAGGGUGAUGGUGAGAUUAACCCUAUCACAUUAAAACAAGCCACACAGAAAAGAUUUGGUAAACGAAAAGCUGACACAUUUAAUGAAGAAUCUCUAGAAUCAUCAUAUGAUGCAAUGCCUACACCAGCAGCUGUUGUUGGACUUCCCAUGCAUCAAUCUACAGCUGUUAAACGUCAGAGAAUGAUGGAGAUGGAAGAUCAGAUGAUGUCCGACCAUGGAUCAGAACAAGACUUCGAUGACCAUCGGAUGUCCCAGGCAUCAUGGUUAAACAGUCAACAUGGUAGAGCACAGAUGCAAAGACAACAAGAAGCUGGUUACAGUAGAAGACCAAUACCAAAUGCACCUCACCAAGAAUCUAGCAGUGAACAAGGUAGUAUUGGUGAAUUUGAAAGUCCCCAAUCAGUAGGACAACCUCCCCAACCACCCAGACAUGGUUACUAUCAACAACCACCACAUCCACAACAACAUCAUGGUCAACAAAUGGGACAACAACAACAACAACAAGGUCGAUUUUAUCAAGGCUUCUUUGAAGAUGAUUCUCAAUACAUAGAUGAUGCUUCAGCCCAUCAGCAUCCGGCAGCUCCAACCUAUUCUGAAGCCAGUAGUAAUCCAAGUUACUGAUAACUACAUGUUAUCAUAAUAGACCAUUGAUCUGAUUACAAUCACCUGUCCUCGUGUAGCUUUCAUUGUCAAAUUUAUUUAUAUAUUUUAAAAUUUCAUUGUUCUAUUGUUAUGUGUAUGUUAUUAAGUUUUAAUUUAUUUUCAACUGUGAGUUAGUUCGGUAUAUGUGCAAUGUUCUGUGUUUUUGUUAAAUCAUUCCAUAAUGAGAAAUUAAUAAUAAUCACCAAUGGUAAUAUUUGCUGUCUAAUCAUGUUAUCUUUCUUCGUAAUAAUUAUGUGUCCAUGUUAGAAAUACAGAUCUUAAAUCACAUUAAAUUUGGAAAUUUAAAUUUUGUUUUAGUGCAUGCUAAAGAAGCUUUAGUUGCUAAUAAUAUAAUACAUAUAACUGUUGAAAGGAAUUGGAAGAUUUCACAUGAAAUAAUAAAUGGUAUUCACAAAUAUUAAACAUACAUUAUGCAAAAGCCAAAUCUUCCUAUUGCAGGUCUUUCUUUAGGCCUGAAAUUUUAUAUAAACUAUUAAUUAGACAUUUAUUAACAUGAAAAGACCUUAAUCAACUCUCGAUGCUAUCUUAUGUUUUCAAUUUAACUGGAUUUGAAUCCGAUCUGCUGCUCAAUGCUCAUUGAUGAAUAAAUGCAAAAAUGGAUAAUUGGGACUUUUUUUAUCGUACCAACUUUAGUAAUGAUGAUAGCGGCUAGGUCUAAAAUUCAAUCGUUAAUAUCUUGGUUCAGAGUGGAGCAGUUUGACUGAAAUUUUCAGCAUAUUCCCUUUACAUUUAGUUUUUAAUUAUUAUAUAUAGUGAGAACUGCCAGCUCUUUAUCCAAUCUUCCAUAAUGCUCCUUUAAAGAAUUAGAUUUUAUUUAUUAGAUAUUUGAUUUGUUGAAGUAUGAAAAAUAAUAGUCAGUACUUACAAAUUGAAUUCUGUUGUGUAUGUCCGUGCGAAAGAAAAAGGAUAGAUUAGCAAUGAUUCACUCAAUUAGAUCAGAUUUUGAUUGGCAUUUGUUUAUGGUUAAUGCCUAGGUCAUCCAUUGGCUGAGUUGAAUCGUUUAAAAAUGAAUUACGGUAACUAUUGAAAACCAGGAGAGGGGGGUUGAAGACCGAAAAUAAUAUUUAGAUUGUCAAGCCUACCUGCAUUAUUGUGCAGAAUUUGGCCUAAAUAAUGCUUUCAAACUAUUCAGUUGCAUAAAUAAAAACUCAAAAAACACUCUUCAGUAUUCAGUAUUAUUUCUUGAAAGCACUUCAACCAUAGUUUUACGAGUUGGGGGGGGGGGGUGUAGCUGCCCCCUUAACUUUAGGACAAUCUGACUUUUCAGGCAGACGAGUAAAGUGAAAAUAUUUUUUUUAUUUCAUCUACUUGGCAAAAUAAAAGUGCCCGAAAUCUAAUAAAACACUAAUUUUACUUUUCUUUUAAUUGAAUACCACGAAUUGGUACUGAAUUGACUAUGGAUUGAAACAUUUUGUCUGGCAUUCAGGUCAGCAUAGAGUGGGAUUUUGGUGACAAAAACCAUUGCCUGGACAACUUUGGAGUUGCUCAACUCAUGGGCUAGAAUAGCAGAAAAAUGCAUUUGCUGCGUUUAAAUUUUACAAAAUUUUCUCUGGGAGGACAAGGCCCCCAUACCCCACGACGAUUGAUUGGUUGUUUGGGAUUCAGGUAGGCUAUAUUGGACCACAUUGAAGUUUCUGUAUUCAUGGGCUGGAAUAGCAGGAAAACGCAUUUAAUUAGGCUAUAUUAGACCACUUUGAAAUUGCUUUGUUUACGGGCUCUGGAAAAGCAGUUUGCGGCCGUCAAAUAUUCCAAAAUUUUCUUGGGGGGGGGGGGGGGGUCCAUACAUGAUAAGCUCUGCAUCUUUGCCUCUCGCAGAAAACCGGUGCUGCUGUCUGUAAACCUGAAAUGUUUGGGGCAUUUCGGGUUCUGUCCCCCCUCCCCCCCAACUGUCAUCAAGCCUGUAUGGCUAUGACUUCAACAGGAAAUAAAACAUUUUGUUUACUCAUUCCACUAAAUUAUAAAUAUGAUUAAGAAAUUUAAGAUAACUUCACUUGAGCAUUUGGAAUUGAACUAAAAAAAAUGUACAUUGUAUAUUCUAGAUUUUUUGCAUAAAAUUUUGACAGUUGUAUAAAAAUUAUUGAUUUAAAGAAGUGUAUUUCAUUUAAAAAAAUUUUCUCAUUAUUGUAAAUUGAUUGUUAUUGUUCAGGUUUUGAAUGCUUUUAUACCAAUAUCAUAUACUUCUUUACAUCUAGCCAUUAGGCAAUAAAAGCUGAAAUUGUA